AUGGAACCUGCCUUGCCUGCCCGUCGUCCUUCUACUUGGAAACUGGCAGAUGAGGAGGCCUGCCGGGAGGACGUGAUCCGCAUCUGCCUGAAACACACCUGGAGCAACAACCUGGUUGUUCUGGAGUGUUUUCAGGAUAUCAAAUAGGCUGACAAUGAGAUCUCUUCUGACUGCAAUCAUUUACUGUGGAACUACAAGUAUAACUUGACUACUGAUCCGAAGUUUGAAGCAGUGGCAGCAGAUGUUUGCAAGUCAACUAUAGCAGAGAUAAAAAAAUGUGCUGAUGAAGAACGUGGCAAAGGAUGUUUAGUCUCCUGUCUUGUGGAUCAUAGGGCCAACAUCACUGAAUAUCAGUGUUAUCAGUACAUCACCAAAAUGACUGCAAUUAUUUAUAGUGAUUACAGACUGAUUUGUGGCUUCCUAGAAACCUGUAAGGCAGACAUUAACAGACUGCAAUGUGGGAGCAUACGAGCGACAGACAAGGAUGUCCACUCUCAAGGAGAAGUUGUGGCUUGUCUGGAGAAAGCCUUGGUAAAAGAAGCAGAACAACAAACACCUCAGUACCAGAUCACUGAAGACUGUAAGAAAUCCAUGCUUUGUGUAGCAGAACUUUCAUCAGAUGAUUUUCAUUUGGACAGAUACUUGUAUUUCUCUUGCCGAGAAGACCGUGAGCGGUUUUGUGAAAAUACACAAGCGGGGGAAGGAGGAGUGUACAAGUGCUUGUUUAACCACAAGUUUGAAGACUCCAUGAGUGAAAGAUGCCGUGAGGCAUUAACUACUCGGCAGAAACUCAUUGCACAAGACUACAAGGUUAGCUAUUCAUUAGCUAAAGCCUGUCACUCUGAUUUAAGGAAGUAUCAUUGUAAUGUAGAAAACCUUCCCCGGGCUCGGGAAGCAAGGCUGUCACUUCUGUUGUGCCUUGAGUCAGCAAUGCAUAGAGGUCGGCAGGUGAGCAGUGAAUGCCAAGGUGAAAUGCUAGACUACUGCCGUAUGCUAAUGGAAGAUUUCUCAUUAAGUCCGUAGAUCAUAUUGAACUGUCGGUGAGAAAUUGAACAUCAUUGCUCAGGCCUUCACAGGAAGGGACCUACACUUCACUGUCUCAUGAGAGUCACACGAGCAGAGAAGACCAACAUUGGUGUGAGCUGUCAGCAGGCAUUACAAACUCUAAUCCAGGAAGCAGAUCCAGGUGGAGAUUAUCGCAUUGAUCGAGCUUUAAAUGAAGCCUGUGAGUCUGUCAUUCAGACAGCCUGCAAGCACAUUCGAAGUGGAGACCCCAUGAUCUUAUCAUGCCUCAUGGAGCAUUUGUAUACAGAAAAGAUGGUGGAAGACUGUGAGCAUUGGCUGCUAGAACUGCAGUAUUUAAUUUCUUGUGAUUGGAAAUUGGAUCCAAAUCUGUACCACAAGUGCCAGGGUGAUGCAUUCCGGCUGUGCCAUGCCCAAGGCUGGAAUGAGACAAAUGAAAUGGUCAUGCCUUCAGGUGCUAUCUUUUCUUGCUUAUAUCGGCAUGCAUACUGUACAGAAGAUCAGGGAAGAAGGUUGUCUAGUGACUGUAAGUCUGAAGUGCAGCGAAUUCUACAUCAGAGGGCAUUGGACAUUAAACUGGAACCUGGCCUGCAGGAGAAGUGUCUGGUUGACCUUGGGAAAUGGUGCAAUGAGAAAACCGAGGCAGGACAGGAACUUGAAUGCCUUCAGGAUCAUCUUGAAGACCUCCUAGUUGUCUGUCGAGAAGUAGUGGGAAAUCUGACUGAACUAGAGUCUGAGGCUAUUCAAAUUGAGGCCUUACUGAUGAGAGCAUGCGAGCCAGUCAUUCAAGCCCACUGCCAUGAGGUGGCAGAUAAUCAGAUAGGCUCUGGAGACCUAAUGGAGUGCCUCAUCGGUAACAAGUAACAGAAGGAGAUGAAUGAGAAAUGUGCAAGUGGAAUCACUCACUUUCAGCUGGCUCAGAUGAAAGAUUUUCGAUUCUCUUACAAGUUUAAGAUGGCCUGCAAAGAGGAUGUGCUAAGUCUAUGCCCCAAUAUUAAAAAAAAGGCAGAUGUUGUUCUCUGUCUCAGUACCACAGUCCGGAAUGACACACUUCAAGAAGGCACUCACAGAGUUUCAGUGAAAUGUCGUAAACAACUCUGUGUGGAAGAGCUGAUAAUGACAGAAGAUAUUUGUUUGGAACCUGAUCUAUAUGAUGCUUGUAAAACUGACAUUGGGAAAUUCUGUCAGGGUGUACCAUUUGGAAAUGCACAGAUUGCAGAAUGCCUAAAGGAAAAUAAGAAACAGCUGACCUCCUGCUGCCAUCAAAAUGUAUUUAAGCUUCAGAAAGUUGAAAUGAUGGAUCCUGAACUUGACUGUGCACUUAUGAGGGUUUGCAAACAAAUGAUCAAGAGGUUCUGUCCUGAGUCAGAUUCCAAAAAUAUGCUUCUGUGCUUGAAGCAAAACAAAAAUAGUGAGAUGAUGGAUCCAAAAUGCAAACAAAUGAUCACAAAACGUCAGAUAACACAGAACACAGGUAUAUGUGGUAUUAGAAUUAGGUUUGUGAACUGUGCAAAAUAG